AUGUCGUCCCCCCGACCCUCCUCGCCCGCCAACGCUGGCGCUGCCAGCGGCGCCAGCAUCGGUCGCCCUUCAUCGCCCACCCCCCCCGGCGGUCCCCGAACGGCCAUCCGCCGCCGUGCCGCCGCCGAUCAGAAGGAGAAGAUUGCCAAUGCGCGCCCGACGAGCACCAGGUCUGCCGGUGCCGGUGGCUCGACAAGCACAAUGUUGAAGCUGUACACCGAUGAGAGCGCAGGGUUAAAGGUUGAUCCCGUCGUCGUGCUGGUUCUGUCUCUGGUCUUCAUCUUCAGCGUCGUCGCUCUUCACAUCAUUGCCAAGAUCACGCGCAAAUUCUCGAGCUAA